CCUUGACUUAUUCAUUCACAAAAUUAAGUUGUCCUAAUUUUCGCAUAUAUUCCUUUGUUAUAAUUUUGUUUGGUCACUCCCUUUUCUUCCAUGGCCGCAGAAUUAGUUGGUGGUGCUCUUCUUUCUUCUUUCCUUCAAGUUGCAUUUGAUAGACUGGCUUCUCAUCAAGUUUUGGACUACUUUCGUGGAAGAAAGCUUAACGAGAAGUUGCUGAAGAAGUUGAAGGUGAAGCUGCUCUCCAUAAGUGUUGUGAUUGAUGAUGCAGAAGAAAAGCAAUUCAGUAAUUCAUAUGUGAAAGCAUGGCUUGAUGAGGUCAAAGAUGUUGUGUUUGAUGCAGAGGAUCUGUUGGAUGAAAUAGACUAUGAGUUCUCCAAAUGCAAGUUGGAAGCUGAAUCAUAUACCGCUACUAACAAGGUACGCAAUUUUGACACGGAAAUUGUAACAAGGAUGAAACAAGUCCUUGAUGACCUGGAAUAUCUCUCAAGCCAAAAGAGUGAUCUUGGUUUGGAAGAGGCUAGGGGUGUUGGUGUUGGAUCAAGAUUGAGUAGUAAAGUGUCACAAAAAUUGCCAUCAACAUCUUUGGUAGUUGAAAGUGUUAUUUAUGGUAGAGAUGAUGAAAAGGAAGUUAUCUUUAAUUGGCUCACAACUAACACUAAUAAGGGUAACCAGCUAUCAAUACUUUCUAUAGUGGGCAUGGGUGGGGUUGGUAAGACCACGCUUGCCCAACAUGUAUACAAUGAUCCAAGGAUGGAGGAGGCUAACUUUGGCAUCAAAGCUUGGGUUUGUGUUUCGAAUGAUUUUGAUGUUUUGACAGUAUCGAAAAAAAUUCUUGAGGCAAUCACUAAAUCAAAAGAUGAUAGUGGAGACCUAGAAAUGGUUCAUGGAAGAUUGAAAGAAAAGUUGUCAGGGAAGAUAUUUCUUUUGGUUUUAGAUGAUGUUUGGAAUGAAAGACGGGAGAAAUGGGAAGUUGUGCAAACUCCUCUCAUUUAUGGGGCACAAGGAAGUAAAAUUCUUGUCACGACACGAAGUAAGAAAGUUUCUUCGAUGAUGCAGUCAAAUAAAGUACAUCACCUAAAGCAAUUACAAGAAGAUCAUAGUUGGCAAGUUUUUGCCAAACACGCACUCCAAGAUGAUAAUACUCAAGCAAAUUUUGAAUUGAAGGAGAUUGGUAUAAAAAUAGUUAAGAAGUGUAAAGGAUUGCCUCUAGCCUUGAAAACAAUUGGAAGUCUUCUACACACAAAAUCAUCUAUUUCAGAGUGGAUAAAUAUAUUGACAAGCAAGAUAUGGGACUUACCAAAGGAAUAUAGUGAAAUUAUUCCUGCUUUAUUAUUGAGUUAUUAUCACCUUCCUUCUCAUCUCAAGAGAUGUUUUGCUUAUUGUGCCUUAUUCCCCAAAGAUUAUGAGUUUGAUAGGGAAGGUUUAGUUCUGUUGUGGAUGGCUGAAAAUUUUCUAGAAUGCCCUCGAGAGAACAAAAGUCUAGAAGAUGUUGGUGAAGAGUACUUUGAUGAUCUAUUAUCGAGGUCUUUCUUUCAACAAUCACACCCAUACAAAACGUAUUUUGUCAUGCAUGACCUUCUUAAUGAUUUGGCAAAAUAUGUUUGUGGAGACAUCUGUUUCAGGUUAGGAGUUGAUAAGGCAAAAAGUAUACCGAGAUCGACCCGUCAUGUUUCAUUUGUAAUGAAAAACUUCCAUGGGCUUGAGAAUUUAUAUGAAGCUAAAAGGUUACGUACAUUCAUGCCAACAAUUGGAACAACGGAUAUUUUUUGUAGUGGUUGGCAUUGCAAGACAUUGAUACAUGAGUUGUUCUCCAGGUUUAAGUUCUUACACAUAUUAUCUUUGUCUUCUUGUUCUGACCUUACAGAGGUGCCUGACUCUGUAGGUGAUCUUAAACACCUUCGUUCCUUAGACCUUUCUGAAACUGAUAUAAAAAAACUACCCGAUUCAAUAUGUUCCCUCUACAACUUGCAAAUACUAAAGUUGAGUCGUUGUAUAUAUUUGGAGGAGCUACCAUUGAAUUUGUAUAAACUCAUCAAUUUGCGUCACCUUGAGUUCUCAUGGACUAAAGUUAGAAAGGUGCCAAUGCAUUUGGGAAAUUUGAAGAAUCUUCAUGUAUUGAGUUCAUUUUAUGUUGGUAAAAGUGAUGAGUCUAGUAUUCAGCAGCUACGAGAACUCAAUCUUCAUGGAAGGCUAUCAAUUGGUCAGAUAAAGAAUAUUCACAAUCCUGUGGAUGCAUUAGCAGCAGAUUUAAAAAAUAAAACACGUCUUGCUGAGUUAAAGUUAAAUUGGAAUUGGAAUUGGAACCAGAACCAGACCCCUAGUGAUCCAAGGAAAGAAAGAGAAAUACUUGAAAAUCUUCAACCUUCCAAAUACUUGAAAUAUUUUUCUAUCCGAAACUAUGGAGGUACACAAUUUUCAAGUUGGUUAUUUGAUAAUUCAUUAUUGAACGUUGCAUCCUUAAGUUUGGGCAAUUGUAAAUACUGUCUAUGUUUGCCUCCCCUUGGACUUUUGCCAUUUCUCAAAUGUCUAAAGAUUACAGGGCUUGAUGGGAUAGUGAGUAUUGAUGAUAAUUUUUGUGGGAGUAGCACUUCAUCAUUUACAUCUUUGAAAAGAUUGAACUUCUCCAAGAUGAAGGAAUGGGAAGAAUGGGAAUGUAAGGAUGGUGCUUUUCCAUGUCUUGACCAUCUUUCUAUAGUCAAAUGUCCCAAGUUGAAAGGGAACCUACCAAAGCAACUUCUUCAUUUGAAGAAUCUAGAUAUUCAUGACUGUAGACAACUUGUGGCUUCUGCUCCAGUGGCUCGAGAAAUUUGUGAAUUAGAUCUACAUGAUUGUGGAGAGUUGCAAUUUGAUUAUUAUCCAACUUCUUUGAAAAGGCUCACCAUUGGUGGACACAACAUGGAAACGUCAUUGUUAGAAAGAGUUAGACAUAUCAUAUAUGAUGCUUCUCUUGAAUUAUUGCACAUUUAUUCUUGUCCAAAUAUGCAUAUUCCCAUGAGUUGUUGCUAUGAUUUCCUAAUAAUAUUGGAAAUUCGUGGUGGAUGUGACUCUCUAACGAUCUUUUCGCUAGAUUUCUUCCCAAAACUUCAUUUGCUAGAUCUUAGGUGUCAUAAUCUACAAGCAAUUUCACAAGAGCACGCUCAUAAUCAUCUCAAGGAUCUAUACAUUAGUGGGUGCCCUCUAUUUGAAUCAUUUCCUAGUGAAGGAUUAUUUGCACCUUGCUUAGAGAGAUUUAGUAUCAAAGCAUUGCAGAAUUUGAAAUCAUUGCCUAAAAACAUGCAUAUCCUCCUUCCAUCACUUGAUGACCUACAAAUAGAAGAUUGUCCAAAAGUUGAGUCAUUCCCUAUUGGAGGUUUGCCAUCAAAUUUGAAAAGGAUAGAUCUAUCGAAUUGCUACAAACUUAUCCCCUCACUUAAAGAGGCUUUGGGAGCCAACACCUCUCUAAAAAACUUGUCUAUUGGAAAAUUGGAUGUGGAGUCUUUUCCUAAUGAGGGUUGGCUACCACUCUCUCUUACUUCUCUAUUCAUCUAUGAUUGUCCAAAUCUUAAACAAAUGGACCAUAAGGGUCUCCUCCAACUCUCCUCUCUUAAGGGAUUGAUUAUUGAAGACUGCCCCAAUCUCCAAUACUUACCGGAGGAUGGUCUACCCAAAUCCAUUUCAACUCUCGAAAUUCGGAUGUGUCCAUUGCUCAAACAAAAACUAGAAGGCAAAAAUCAGGGAAAGUUUUCUCACAUAAAAAAUGUUCGAUUUGAUGAAUGGUGAUGAUUAAACCAAUAAGAUGAACCACAAGUUCAAAAUUUCAAUUCUCAUGUGUUUAUCUUUUCAUCAGGAUGGCUUAACCACUUUCUUCACGCAUCAUAUACGUAUCCCCUUGUUGAAGCUGAAUUCCAAUCAAAUGAGUUGCUUAUAUUUAUGAUACUUGGAAAAUGGGGAUGACAGUGAAGUGUGAAUGUCAUUGGGAGUAAUGGUGAUUUCAUCUUCCUCAAGCUUUUUGGGUAAAUUUGUUUUCUCACCAGCGCUCCUUCUAAGUUCAUACUUCUUACAUUAUUUUGUGGAAUUCGUUGCUCAUAAUGCCUUUUUUGAGUUUUCAUGCAAAGAGUCUUUUCUAUUAUUAUAACGUUUUAUUUCCUUUCGGAGUCAAUUGGGCUAGCCAAAAAUGCAUUGAGAAAGCAUAUUAGGCAUUAUGAACUUAGUCUUGCUCUUUGCAUGUUAUAAUUUUGUGAAUUCUAGAUAAAGCAAUGUUCAUAAUCUUGUUAGAAUUUUAUCCGUACAUUCUUUAUGAUAGACAAAAUGACAGAUAUAUGUUUGGGCACAUAAACUAAUGUCCAAAACAAACUAGAAUAACCAUCUCGUUCCCAAGCUAACAUGCAGUAUAUACUCUGCAUCAUCACAUUAGACACCUGCAUUCAAGGACUUCAAAGGCUUUUGUAGGAAGUUGGUCAUCCCUUUAUCAGAUUCACUGUUAUGUAUCUAUUCUAUUCCAUAGAAACUUGAGUUUCACAACCUUCACCAUUUUCUUGGUGUCCAAAUUGUCAGCAACCAUGAACACUAUAUUAAACAAUUUAUUAGACAGAAUUCAACUAUAAGUUGGAGCACAAUGAUAUUAGAUAUUGACAUAUUGUCACAUGUUAAAAGGAAAAGACUUAAAAAUGUGCUAUUUUGUGAAAGAAAGUGGAUGCGAUGCAGACACUAGUAAAAAUACAGCUAAUAACUCAUAAAUCAAAAUCAUCUCAUAUGAGUAAGUUGAGCCAUCCUCCUCUAAAACAUUAAUCGCAUUAGCUGUCACUUAUACUACUAUCGUUGCUGACUCGAGUGAAAGUGUGAAACAUUUUGAAUAGGUAUCUGGUCUAGAUAACAUAAGAAUUGGCUCAUUCAAACUUUAGUUCAUUCUAUUAUUAUCAUCAUUCUGGUUGCAUUCAGUGUGUCAGCAAUAUUUAUCAUUAGUCUUUUAAAAAUACUAUUUGAGCUACAAACUAAGAAUCCAGUAGUGGACAGAGUUUUUUAUUUAGGAGUACAAGAGAUGCACCAGGUUGUGCAAGUCAUUGAGCAAUGAUUUUAAAUCAUAUAACUAUUCCCUAAAAUAUCACUCUAGCUUGGGUACAAAUCUUCCACCACUGAGGAGUGAAACAAAUUUGGGACACCCCACAAUGUGAGAUUAUGAUUAUGCUAUAGAGACAAAAAUCAUAUUAAGCUUCCCAUUUUUUAUCAAAAACAUAGUAUUGAAUUUUGGGAAGAAGCACAAUAAAAAAAAAUCCUUAAACAAGCGAACAAAAACCACAAUAAGCUAAUCUCAUUAAACAGUAUCUAGAGAGAUUAUAUUAUUUUCUAAGAUCAAUAAUCAUUUUAAUUAUUUUAUGAAUUCAGAUAUGCUCCGUAGAUGUGGACAAGAUAUGUCACAGUUGAAUUUUGUUCCAAGUUAUUUACCAUAAAAUAUUGUGUCAUUGAUGACUGGUUUUUGGCAUAUUGUAUAACAAUUUGAAGACUUGACUUCUAAAGACUAACGAGAUAUAUUGUACAUUUUGUUUCACAAGCAGGAUUCAAAAUCCACUAUUAAAGUUGUAUUUCAACUUAAUGUGUUUCUUAUAUUUAGGACACUUGAAAAUGGUGAAAGUAGUCAUGUGCUUAAGUUCCACAUAUAUUUAGUAAAGAGAACUCUGUCAUUGGAAGUUAUGCUGGUUUCAUCUUCCUUUAGCUUGUUGGGUAAAUUUGUUUUCUCACCUCCACUCUUCUUUCUUUCUGCUUUGUUCAUACUUUCAAAAAUUAUUAUAUGGAACUGAUGGGGUUAUAUUAUGGUAUUUGUCUUAGAGGAUAUUUUAUGAGGAUUAUUUUUAUAAAGUUAUUACACAAGCAUAUUCCACAAUGAUGAGAUAUUGUCCGCUUUGGGCCUAAGUACUCACGGUUUUGUUUUUGGUUAUCACCCAAAAGGCCUCUCAAUCAUUGAAAUAUGUUUGUGUUAUAUAAGUUGUUAUUUCUUGUCUUAUUUUAUAAGAUAUGUGACUUAUUUGUAUCCUAAGAGGAACUUCUCUUCUUGCAAUAUCUUUCUUCUUCCAGUUUUCUUGCAAAAAAAUCUUAUUUAUUGGAUAUGACAUUUUGUUGUAAUUUGAUGUCAAUUUGACUCAAUCUUUGACCAAAAAAAACACUGAAAAAGCAUUCCGAGCAUUAUGAACUUAGUCUUGCUUCAUGCACAGCUUCCUAUGUUGUUGGUUUUGUUUUUUAAUUUCUUUUAGUGUCUCUUCUCAACUUUUCUUAUUUUAUGUUCUCAUGCUACUGUUCCACAUACCUGUCUGGUAAUAUUGUAAUAACAUAUUAUUUUCUAAAUUUCUGUUUUUAAAUGUUUCUGGAAUUCCAAAACACAAUCUACGGAAGGAAUUAAAUAUAUAUACUACUGUUCCACAAUAGAAUAUUUUGCAGUGAUUUAAAAUUUCUGGAAUUCUACUGUGGUAGGCACAUUCAUCCCAUCUAAUUGACACGUGGAUAUAGAAAGAAAUAAUUGUCAACUUCAAGCUCUUAAACCUUUAAGUUUUCUUCGGCAUUUGUACCAGGAUUAUAAAACAAAUUUCGGGUGCAAAAUUAGGCCAAGAAAGAAUGUGAUAGAUUUAACACUGAUGUGAGAUUUGCUCUUUUUCUGAAGAUUGAAAGAGUUGUCAAUCAAGAGUUGUGUUGGUAAAAGAUUUUCAAAUUGGUUUGGACUUUGGAGAUGAUUCAUUAUCCAAUGUGGAUUCCUUAAAGUUUAGCAAUCAUAAAAAUUGUGUCCUACUCCUACCUUGAACUCUUGCUAUCUUUCAAGAAUCUAUCAAUAAUAAGGCUUGAUAGUAAAGAGAUUACUUGUUCCGAGUUUCAAGAAACUGUCAAUGAUAGAUCUUCUAUUAUUUCAUUUGCAUAGUUAGAAACCUCGAUCUUCAUGUACUUACAGGAAUGGAAAUGUAAAAUAGUGCGGGGAGCUUGUCCACAUCUAGAAAAUCAAUCUAUUAUGAAUUGUCACAAGCUGAAUACCAGAGCAACUUCCUUGUUUAAUGAUUUUUAGCUCGUUGCUUUUGUUUCCUUUUUUAAGGAUCUUUCCAUUGUGUUUCUUCCCAAAACUCAUUACUAUGCUUUUGAUGAACAGUGGAAUUCUUAAUAUGAUUUUUGUCCCAGCAGCCUAGUCAUAAUCUCAUUGUGGUGUUGUUAAGAACUUUGGAAGAACCACUCCACAAAAGCUAGCUGUAAUAGCUAGUGUCUAAGACAUUAUAAACCUAGAAUCUCAUACUUUUAAUGUGAAACUCAAGUCCCAAACCAUGUGAUUGAAUCUUAACAUUCUGGACUUAAAUAUAUAUUUUUAAACAAAUAUCUUUUUAGGGGACUUAUAAUAAAAUUUGAACCUAUAAUUUAUACAAAAGAAAUUAUAGCGACACUCUCUCUAGCACUCUCUAAUAUUGGUUGAUAAUCAUAAAUUUUGGUUGAUUUUAAAUACAAUCUUGAUCUUAAUCAUUUAUAUUUUAGUUAUACUUUAAUAUAUGAACAA